AUGCCAACGGAACAGAUUGAUGUCUCCUCAUGGCAACAUAUUAGGGGCUUGGAAUUAGCCGACCCCUAUUGGCACAUUCCAGGGCCUGUUGACUUGCUCCUGAAUGUCAACAUUUUCGCUUCCUCGUUGCGCCCCGGUUUAAUCCGUGGGGCCCCUGGCCAGGCGACUGCCCUAAACACCAUUUUCGGGUGGAUUUUGAUGGGUGACGCGGGUGACGGUGCUACGGAGAUUUGUCGGUCUCGGUUCCGUGGCAACAGCUGUCAACUGGUCGUGGGCAAGUUGUCAAUUGACGACUCUAUUAAGAAGUUCUGGGAGUUGGAAGAUGUCAGCUCCCCGAACACUGUCAUUUUGUCGAAGGAGGAUCAGUUGUGCGAGGAAUAUUUUCUCGCUAACUUUCGUCGCACAGAAGAAGGUAGAUUUGUCGUUCCUCUACCUUUUACUGACACUUCCAACAAACCCACUUUCUCGGGCUCUCGGACCAUCGCUCUUAAGAGAUUUUCCUCGUUAGAGCGGAAGUUAUUGAGUAACUCCGAUUUUUACAAAAAUUAUGUAGCCUUUAUGAAGGACUACGAAAGCUGUCGCCACCUUGAGGAAUGUGACCCCCCGAAGGUGGAUGUGGGGAAGUUCUUCUACAUUCCCCAUCAUGGAGUGUUGAGGCCCUCGUCGACCAGCACUCCUCUUCGGGUCGUAUUUGAUGCCAGUGCCAAGGACAGCCGAGGCAUCUCGCUAAAUGACGCGCUACUGCCAGGGCAGAAGCUGCAAAACAACAUCUUCCACUUGCUCCUUCGUUUUCGUUGGCAUAGUGUUGUCUUCACGGCCGACGUCAAGCAAAUGUAUAGGCAGAUUUUAGUGUCCCCGGAAGAUGCUGAAUAUCAGCGUAUCCUUUGGCGUCCGUCUGUCAAUGAGCCUGUCCGGGACUAUCGACUGCUGACCGUUACAUACGGCGUUUCGUCCGCUCCUUACCAAGCUCUCCGAACAAUCGCUCAAUUGGCCAAGGAAUCGGUAGCAGAAUACCCUUCCGGUUCAACAGUUCUAGACCGCGACAUCUAUGUCGAUGAUGUGGUGUCUGGAGCUGAUUCUGUUCAAGAAGCUCGGAGGCUUCGGUCAGAGUUGUCGACAAUAUUAGCUUCUGGUGGUUUCCAUUUACGGAAGUGGACGUCGAACCAACAGGAGUUCUUCGAUGGUGUCCCCACCUCAGACCUGUAUUCUGAGAACUUUCGGGAGUUUAACUCCAUUGGGGACAUUUCCCUAAAAAUUCUUGGCCUCUCGUGGUUACCUCAAGGGGACGACUUUACCUUUCAGGUGGCUGUCGAAGAUCGUCGGUGCACUAAACGUACCAUUCUCUCGGAGAUUGCUCGGAUCUUUGACCCUCUAGGCCUCCUAUCACCAGUAACAUUCUUCGCGAAAUAUCUUAUGCAGUUGCUCUGGGUCUCAGGUGUCUCGUGGGAUGACGACGCGCCAGAGAACCUUGCCUCCGACUGGCAAGAGUUCAAAGCGCAGCUGCCCUCGUUGAGAUCCGUGUCAGUCCCGCGCCGAAUGGUCAAGGAUUUUGUCUCGCUCGAAGUCCACGGGUUCUGCGAUGCCUCAGAGCGAGGAUUUUGCGCGGUGAUCUACAUUCGAACGUCGGGUGAGAACGGAACGCGGUACGUCCAGCUGGUUUGUGGUAAAUCUAAAGUGGCCCCUCUUCGUAAGUUGUCCAUACCACGUUUGGAAUUGCUGGCCGCACUUCUGCUUGCAGAUUUAGUAGCGUCGGUCGCAGAGGCUCUAGAGCCUCUCCACAAAAUCGAUAAGGUUUAUGCAUGGUCUGAUUCCAGCGUUGCGUUGACUUGGAUAAAGUCUUGCCCCUCCAAGUGGAAAACCUUCGUGGCUAACCGGGUAAGUCACAUCCAGGAGAUUAUCCCUCCUGAUUGUUGGCGACACGUUAGGACUGGCGACAAUCCAGCCGACUGUGGGUCGCGAGGGCUUUUGCCGGACGACCUGGUCCACCAUAGUAACUGGUGGAAGGGUCCAUCUUGGCUCGUGCUGGACAAGUCUGACUGGCCUAAACCAACGUUGUCAGUCGACGUGGAUGUCCUACACGAAGAGCGCAAGGUGAUUGUCCUCUCCGUCUCAGUGCAGGAGACGUGGACUGACAACUUAAUAAACAAAUUCUCGGCGCUGAGGACACUCCAACGUGUCCUCGCAUAUUGUCGUCGUUUCGUGCACAACGUGAGAAAUAAAAGGACGUCUAACAACCUGUUGGAUGGCCCUUUAACACCCCUGGAAAUAAAACAGGCUCUAAUGUUUCUCGUGGGCUUUGUGCAACAAUGCCAUUUUGCUUCGGAGAUCGAGAAGGUGAAGAACAAUCUUUCGAACUCCCUCCCGAAGUCAUUCAAAAAACUGUCCCCAUUCCUCGAUGACGCGGGUCUCUUGAGGGUGGGCGGACGCCUGUCGCGAACCUCUCUCGAGUUUGAUGUUAAACAUCCCCUUUUACUACCUCGCGACAGUCGGCUAACCUCCCUUUUGAUUGACGAGUAUCAUAAGCGUUUCAUGCAUCCAGGCGUCCAAACGCUUCAGAAUUUGCUAUCGCAGCAUUUCUGGAUACUGUCCCCGAAGCGAGCUAUCUACGCAGUCACGUCGAAAUGCAUGAAAUGCUUCCGUGUCCGACCACUCGGUGCUCCAGCGCCCUUCAUGGGUGAUUUGCCAUCUUAUAGGGUGGCUCAGCUCAAGGCGUUCUUGAGUGCUGCUGUCGACUUCGGAGGACCUUUCGACAUAGCCCUGGGUCGCGGACGGGGAAACAAAACUUACAAGGGUUAUAUUUGCGUCUUCGUCUGCACCUCGACAAAGGCCAUACACACGGAGCUCGUCACUGAACUGUCCUCAGACGCGUUUCUCGCCGCGCUUCGACGCUUCGUCGCACGUCGUGGUCGGUGUAAUAGAUUGGUGUCCGACCAGGGGAAGAAUUUCGUCGGUGCGAGCAACAUUUUGCAACGUCUAGUAGGAGAUGCUGCUACGCAUAGCGAGAUUAAAUUCGAAUUUAAUCCGCCAGGCAGCCCUCACUUUUCAGGUCUCGCGGAGGCCGGUAUCAAGGCUGUAAAAACACACUUGUCGCGUGUCGUCGGGAACCAAAGGUUAACAUAUGAGGAAUUUUCGACGAUCUUAGCCCAAGUCGAGGCUUUACUCAACUCAAGGCCACUCACUCCACUCAGCACUGAUCCCAACGACCUGUCGGCCUUGACACCGGGUCAUUUCCUCACCACGGAACCCUUAUCGGUCGUGCCUGAGGAAGACUUCUCAGACGUUCGGGUUAGCCCUCUCCAACGCUGGAAGUUGCUUCAGAAGAUGCACCAGGACUUCUGGAACAAAUGGUCGAAGGAGUAUAUGCAUACUCUCCAGCAGCGGAUGAAGUGGCAUGACAGACAUCCUAACGUCGAAGUUGGCGCACUUGUGCUCGUUGUGAACGAGCAGACGAGCCCAAUGAAGUGGCCACUGGGUCGCAUUAUCGAUACACAUCCCGGGUCCGACGGGAUCUGUCGUGUGGUUACUGUGCGCACUGCCACAGGGUUGUACAAACGACCUGUGGUCAAGCUGUGUCCACUACCUGCGUAG